CACCGGCCGGCUACAGAGUUACCAACCACCCUCCCCGAUCGGGCGCACUCAAAUGAUCAGCCACCUCCCCUUCCCCCACGCCCUCGCCUCCCCUCUCCGCGCCCACUGCCCCACUCCCCCACGCCUCUCGCGCCCGCCGCCCCACCCACGCGGCGCAGGGAUAGGGGGCCUGGGCUGCGUGCAGGCCAAGGGCGCGCGCCGCAGCUGCCGCGCUAGCGUCUCCGCGUCGGCCGCCGCGCGGACGGAGAUGGACCCGUCGGAGGUGAAGAAGGGCCUGUACGUGCAGGUCGACCCGUACGAUACCGGAUUCCUCAAGGUCUCCGACGUCCACACCAUCUACUACGAGCAGUCCGGGAACCCCCACGGCCACCCGGUGGUGUUCCUCCACGGGGGUCCCGGCGCCGGCACGUCGCCUGGCAACAGGAGGUUCUUUGACCCGGAGUUCUACAGGAUCGUUCUGUUUGACCAGAGGGGCGCAGGCAGAAGCACUCCCCAUGCUUGUUUAGAGCAGAACACUACUUGGGACUUGGUAGCUGACAUUGAGAAGCUCAGGGAACAUCUUGACAUCCCGGAAUGGCAGGUGUUUGGUGGUUCAUGGGGAAGCACCUUGGCCCUUGCUUACAGUCAGACACACCCUGAUAAGGUCACUGGCAUUGUUCUAAGAGGAAUUUUCUUGCUUAGGAAAAAGGAGCUUGAUUGGUUCUAUGAGGGCGGUGCAGCAGCCAUUUUCCCAGAUGCAUGGGAACCAUUUAGAGAUUUUAUUCCUGAGGAGGAAAGGAAUUGUUUCAUAGCUGCAUAUAGCAAAAGGCUAACUUCAUCCGAUCCUACUGUUCAGAUUGAAGCUGCUAAGCGAUGGACGAUGUGGGAGAUGAUGACUGCACAUCUUAUCCAAAAUAAUGAUAACAUUAAACGAGGGGAAGAUGACAAGUUUUCACUGGCAUUUGCAAGGAUUGAAAAUCACUAUUUUGUUAAUAAGGGAUUUUUACCCUCAGACUCAUACCUAUUAGACAAUGUUGACAAGAUUCGGCAUAUUAAAGCUUUUAUUGUACAGGGGCGUUAUGAUGUUUGUUGCCCUAUGAUGUCCGCUUGGGAUCUUCACAAAGCUUGGCCGGAAGCAGAAUUCAAGGUGGUCCCAGAUGCAGGGCACUCAGCCAAUGAAGUAGGUAUUGCCGCCGAACUGAGGUCAGCCACAGAGAAGCUGAGGGACAUGUUGCGAAAAUGAGCCGGCGAAAGGCAUGUGCCGGCGUGCCGCCCGUCUGAUGAUCGAAUUCAGAGGCGCAGAAUAAAACCCAUGGCUGUAGCGGUUAGCAGAGCCUGAUUGUAAUGUGUUGUUAAACAAAUGUCACUGUCAAACAUACCUUAACCAAUCAGAGCAGGCUUGAUUCCCGGGUAUCUUUCAGAACUGCGUUGUUUGUUGCCUUGUUGGUUUA